AACUGGAAAAUCAGGAAGUGCCGAAACGCUCAAACGCAGGUCUACCUCCUACAUAAGUGCACUACAUAGGGCAUGACAAAAUAGCGUUCCACACCCUAUGUAGCACUCUUUACAUACAAUAGGGAGUGAAUUGUUAUUGAGCCUAGUGUAAAUGGUGGCGGUUCUUAACACAGAUGUAAGCAAAACAUGACGCCUAAUAAAACAGAACAGAAUCGCACAGACUGAGAUGAAUAUACUGCUGUGUCCAUUUCUGGUCAUAAUUUUGGCAGUGCUUCCUCUGACGUCAUGCCAGGACCCGGUGCCCAUUCAGUUCCAGAGCUCCCCUGUGCUGGUGGCUGCAGGAAACAAUGCCGUGUUUACAGUGCAGACCAUCUCCAAUAUCUUCUCCAUCACAUGGCUCGCUCCCGGAGGAGGUACUCUGGGUCAGUGGAUCAACAGCCAGGCUGUGCUUAAUCCGAUUGCCCAGUACCAAGGCAGGGUGAGCAUCAGUGCCACCCAGCUAAUAAUCAGCAGCAGUCAGCUCAGUGACGCUGGAAACUACACAGUCAUGGUAACACCGUCCGCUCCCACCGGACUGGCCAGCAACUCACGCUCUGUCACCUUGUCGGUUUUCGUUGCGGUGGGAGGAGUGAACCUGUUCGUGCCUUCUGUGACUAUAGAGGGCGGCAACGCGUCCUUAACCUGCAGCUGGACUUCAGGCACCAGCACCAGCGUGACAUGGGGUAAAGGUAGCACCAGUCUUCCCUCAGACCCUCGCUUUAUCAUCAACGCUGGGUCUCUGAUUAUCAACCCAGUGAACAGGAGCGAUGCCGGUCAAUACACCUGCACCGUCAGCAACCCUGUCAGCAGCAUGACUGCCACGGCAAGCCUCACUGUUUACUACGGUCCGGACACCCCUCAGGUGACGAGAACGUCCUCUGGUUGUGUCGGUGGGGGAGACGCCAUCGUUGGCCAGACGGUCCAGCUCACCUGCACGUCUGUCUCUCUGCCUCCUGCACUCUUGUCAUGGCAAUUCAACGGCCUACCUCUGACAGCCAGCCAGGCAAAUGGUGGCACGCUGAAUUUGCAGAUUUUCUCCAACAAUCAGAGUGGGCAGUACACAUGCUCCGCUCGUAACAGCAUCACGACACAGACGUCGCAGCAGCAGAUAAGCCUCAACGUUGUGGGUACGUGUCUGAGUGUAGGUGCAGUUGCUGGAAUUGUUGUCGCCUGCUUUGUAGCGCUCGUGUUAAUUAUUGUUGCCAUCGUACUGAUACUACGUCAGCGAAAAGCUGAUCAGAGGCUCAGGACAGUCAUUGAACAGCGGAAGGAAAACAUGAACAAUAGGCUGACGGUUCUUCCAGCUCCACAGAAUGGCCAUGAUAAUCCUGGGUUUCUUGGCCAGGGUGACCUGCCUGACCCACCGAUGCACAACGAUAACCGACUCAAUCGUUCAAAGAAUCAACACGCCAGUGGCCAACACAACAACAACAACAACGAUGAUGUACUGACGCAAAACAGGACGUCCAACACCGGUGCCAUUCAGCCCAAUGGCCAUCUUAAUACUGACAUGCUCUCAAAUAAUGCCACUCUCAACUCCAACUGGCCACGCUGA